UUCAUAUCGUAACCACCACCACCUCCACCCACUCUACCCCAUCCGCUUCCUCGCCGUUGGGCUCGAUAUUCCUCUCGUGCGGUCUAGUCAAGUCCAUCCUUUUCGUGGACUGCUACCCUGUCGGGACGGCUCAACAUGUCUUCCCCUGCUUCCACUCGCCGUAGGGGUCGUCCGACCAAGGACUCGGCCACCUCGUCCCCUGCCCGCUCUACUCGUUCAACCCGCUCGCAGCAACAACAGCAGCCGCCCAGCAGUCCGACUCCCGGAGGUGGCGAUGAGCAAUUACAGACAACCCCCCGUGCCUCCCGCCGUCUUCGGGGGGAGGGUGCUGUCCCAACGUCGUCGCCUCUGUUCCUUCAGUCCUCCCCGACAAAAGGAAAUAACAGCAGUGCCGAAACGCCAGAUACCCGAAUGGAUGACCCCGGCUCCCCUGUUCGAGCAUCUUCAGCCAUCGAGGAAGGAGAAACGACUCCCCGAGGAAACGGUCCUGCCAUGAGAGACUCUUCCCCGAUUCGCUACAUGUCAAGCUCUAGUCCCACCCGUGCCCACAGCAGCCAACCUCGAUCCGAUAUUCCUAGCAGCAGCAGCGGCCUGUUUGUUUCGUCUCGGACGCCUGCCGGUGGACAACGUGUUCCCCGUCGAAAUGACCUCAACUCGGGCGGUUUUGGCUCUACCCCUAGUCGUCGGCGUAGAGUGUUCGUCGAUGCUAAUGGCGUUACUACCGCUGAUGGAGACCCGCAAUCAGAUGCGACCUUCUCUAACAUUCAUCCCGAUACCUCGGAGGCUGAGGCGCUGGGUGGCGCCUCGUCGCGUGUGAUCUGGGGUACUAAUAUCUCCAUUCAGGACUCUAUGUCUGCCUUCAAGAAUUUCAUUCACGACUUUGCCACGAAGUAUCGCCUGUGGGCCGAAGGUGCGACGGAAGACGAGACUCGUCGGAUGGGUGAGGCGGCGGAAACCAAGGAAUACAUGAACACCCUGGAGACGAUGCGCCAACUAGGUGUGACCAGUAUUAACCUAGAUGUGAAAAACCUCAAGUCGUACCCAUCAACGCUUAAACUGUGGCAUCAACUGCAUGCCUUUCCUCAAGAAAUCAUUCCUCUAAUGGAUCAGGCCAUCAAGGAUGUCAUGGUUGAGCUUGCCAUCAAAGAAAUCGAGCGCCUUCGAACCAAGAGCCAGCGAAAUCAAGUGCAUUCCCGGGAUUUGAGCUCUGCUCCCGCAGUUCCUAGCUCUGACGCCAUGAGCGAAACCGGCCGCAUGCCACCUACCGAAAUCCCCGACCUUGUUGGCGAGGUGGAAACAAAAACUUUCAAGGUUCUACCAUUUGGACUCGACUCUUCGGUGAACAUGCGUGAACUUGAUCCUGCAGACAUGGACCAGUUGGUGAGCAUCAAGGGAUUGGUUAUCAGAGCUACCCCCAUUAUCCCAGACAUGAAACACGCUUUCUUCCGCUGCCAAGCUUGCAACCAUGGGGUUACGGUCGAAAUUGACCGAGGAAGGAUCGCGGAACCAACAAUUUGCCCCAGGCAGGUGUGUAAGGAAAGGAACUCGAUGGAGCUUGUUCACAAUCGUUGCGCAUUUGCCGACAAACAAGUGAUCAAGCUUCAGGAGACGCCUGAUAGCAUUCCCGACGGUCAAACCCCCCACUCCGUCUCCCUCUGCGUGUAUGACGAAUUAGUGGACGUUUGCAAGGCUGGUGAUCGUGUUGAAGUUACGGGUAUUUUCCGGAGCAACCCGGUGCGAGUGAAUCCUCGUCAGCGCACCCAGAGAACACUUUUCAAAACUUACAUCGAUGUCUUGCACGUGCAAAAGAUCGAUCGCAAGAAGCUGGGCAUUGACGUGUCGACUGUUGAGGAAGAACUGGCUGAUCAAGCUGCCGGAAAUGCAGAGCAGACGCGUCAGAUUACAGCCGAAGAGGAGGAAAGGAUCAAACGCACUGCUUCGCGCCCUGACAUCUACGAACUCCUGGCCCGCUCCUUGGCGCCUAGCGUCUAUGAGAUGGACGAUGUUAAGAAGGGGAUUUUGCUCCAGAUGUUCGGAGGAACCAACAAAUCGUUCGAGAAGGGCGGCAACCCGCGUUAUCGUGGCGAUAUUAACGUGCUUCUUUGCGGUGACCCAUCGACCUCGAAGUCCCAAAUACUUCGGUAUGUCCACAAGAUCGCACCCCGCGGUGUUUACACGAGCGGAAAAGGUUCUUCCGCCGUCGGUCUUACAGCCUACGUGACUCGCGACCCCGAAACGCGCCAAAUGGUUCUCGAGUCAGGUGCCCUGGUUCUUUCCGAUGGCGGUGUCUGUUGCAUUGACGAAUUCGACAAGAUGAACGAGUCAACCCGUUCCGUCCUGCACGAAGUGAUGGAGCAGCAGACCGUGUCAAUCGCCAAGGCCGGUAUCAUUACCACCCUGAAUGCCAGAACCAGCAUUCUGGCUUCUGCCAACCCUAUCGGGAGCAGGUACAACCCCAAUUUGCCAGUGCCGCAAAACAUUGACCUGCCUCCUACUCUGCUGUCUCGAUUCGACUUGGUCUACCUCGUUCUCGAUCGCGUGGAUGAGCAAGAAGAUCGUCGCCUGGCGAAGCAUCUUGUCAACAUGUAUCUCGAGGACAGACCGGACAAUGCCAGCGAGGAAGAAAUUCUGCCCGUUGAAUUCCUUACGGCUUAUAUCACUUAUGCCAAGAACAAGGUUCACCCAGUUUUGACGCCUGCCGCCGGCAAGGUGCUUUCUGAUGCUUAUGUCAACAUGCGUAAGCUGGGAGACGAUAUCCGCUCUUCUGACCGACGAAUCACUGCCACGACUCGACAGCUGGAGUCGAUGAUUCGACUGUCGGAGGCUCACGCUCGUAUGCGCUUGUCCUCCGAGGUGACUGCCGGCGAUGUGGAAGAGGCCGUGCGUUUGAUCCGCUCGGCUAUCAAGCAGGCCGCCACGGACUCUCGCACCGGUCUGAUCGACAUGGGAUUGUUGACGGAGGGCACUAGCGCCAGCGAGAGACGUCAACGCGAGACUUUGAAGCGCAGUGUGCUGGGGGCCGUCGACGAGGUUGGCAGCGGUGGUACCGCGCGCUGGGCGGAGGUUUUCCGGGUGCUGAACGAGCAGAACAAUGCCUUGGAUGGCGCUCAGUUCAAUGAUGCUGUCCGGGCACUCGAAACUGAAGGCCACGUGAAUGUUUUGGGUGACGGCGCGCGUAGAAGCAUUCGUCGCGUCGGGGGUGCGCUUGCCUGAUAGUAAGGCAUGGCUGGCUGAUGAGAUCAUGAUGCAACGGACUACAUAAUAUCUAGAUUGAUGCGAUUGAGAACCCCCCAUGUCGGACGAGUUAGUCGCAUUGAUAACAAAGGGUUCUUAUAAUGGAGGAACGGUGUUUGGUGUUUGUGUAAUCUGUGUGUACAUGCGGUAGUUGGAUUAUUAGUUGCACUCUCGUGGUCUUUAUGAAGAGGUAUAUUUAUAUAUGGAAGGUUGC